GUCAACAAAUGUCCUGGACUUUGGGAACGGAGUACUGGGGCUUUGGGAACAUUCGGCCUGGUUCGUUGAGCGGCGCCCACGCGCAUACAUCAGCAUGGUCAACGCCUCUACGUCGAGACCUCGAGCUGCAUCGCUAUCAUACCUCACGACGAGUUUACCGGGUGCCCUUCCUCCGAUUUUUGACCAGGUUCAGCAGACUACGGCCAAUCAUAGGAAGAACAUCGUGGCUUUGAAGAAGAUACAGGACACAUGUGCGACGGUGACAGAGAAUGUGGUCAAGGGUGGAAGAGCAGGGAUCAAGCUUUCAGGCGAGAAAGCCUUCAACACUCUCUUUGUCGAUAUGGUCAACCGAGUCUUACCUAUAAAACGAGGUGUCAGCGUUGCGGAUCGAGUCGUCAAGUUUGUCGCUUCCUAUGUCACUUAUGUGACUGAGCAGGAUGCCGCUCAGCGAUCAGAAGGCGAAGAUGAGGGCGAUACGCCUGGAUCUCGGUUCGUAGGGAAGCUCUUGAAACAUUUGCUCUCCGGUAUGCAAGCAAAAGACAAGAAUGUCAGAUUCAGAGUCACAUUGAUGACUGUAUCUAUGAUCAACGGCCUCGGAGAGAUCGACGACGACAUGUAUAUCUCACUUCGGAAGAGUCUACUAGAACGCAGCUGGGACAAGGAAGCUGCUGUCAGAGUCCAAGCUGCGCUCGGUCUGGCGAAAUUGCAGAGUGGAGAAGAUCAAGAGGAUCUCGAGGAGGGGGAAGAGUCGCUACAGGAUGUCCUGCUCAACCUGUUACGAUACGAUCCAGCACCGGAAGUGCGCCGAGCUGCUCUGUAUAAUCUCCCUCGGACGCCUGAGACACUAUCAUACAUCCUCGCUAGGACGCGAGAUGUCGACCCAAUCCUCAGGCGAAUCGUCUACCAUGGAUCACUCUCAUCAACUGCUCUGCCUGACCCUAGAGCUCUCAGCAUCGCUCAGAGAGAGGGUGUCGUCCAGAAUGGAUUAGGAGACCGAGAAGCCAGUGUGAGGAAAGCGACAGCGGGAAUGCUGGGCGGAUGGCUUGAUCAAGCUGGAGGCAACUUGGUGGAGUUUCUCUCUCGCUUUGAUGUCAUCUCGAGUCAGGUGGCUGAAGAGGCCCUCUUGUCAAUUUUCGUCACUAGGCCUGAUACUCUAGACAGUAUAGAACUAGACGAGACCUUUUGGACCGAUCUGACACCGGAGAAGGCUUUCCUCGCCAGAGUGUACGCAGAGCAUCUCAGGUCCAUCAAGGAUGACGCUCGAUUCGACGACAAAAUGCCUGUGGUCACUGCCCUCGCCUUCAGGACACAGGACGAAUACAACAAACUCGUUGAGGUAUCGACGGAUACCGAAGAAGGGACGCAAGUGAUGGAAGAAAGAGCAUUUCUGGUCGGAGAGCUUCUUAAAUUGGCGUUGUUCUUGGACUACGCAGAUGAGACGGGGAGGAGGAAGAUGUUUCAGUUGACGCGCGAAAUGAUCUCCCAAUCAACGCUACCUGAGAAUCUGGUGCCUCUGUGCGUAGAUGUCCUCAGCAAGAUUUCCGAUGGCGAGAGGGAUUUGAUCCGUGUCAUCGUGGACGUCAUCAUGGAAUUGAGAUUCGACGAGGCGGACGAGGACGAGCCGUUCACAAAUAGUCAAGCAUCCAUGCUGGACACGCCGGCACCUCGACGCGUAGCCCCGAGUCGUCCUGCUGAUCCCGAAGCUAAGAUCAGAGCGGCUUUGAUCGAUUUAAGGUGUUUGGCAAUCUGCAUCUCGCUCCUUGAACGGGUCAACUCGACCCUUCAGGACAAUUCAGCCUUUCAUGGCUUGUUACCUGAUCUCAUCAUUCCUGCUGUGCGGAACACCGAAGAACCAGCAUUGAGAGAUCAAGGCAUCAUAGCGUUGGGUCUGUGCUGCAUGAUCGACUCGAACAUGGCGACGAAAUCCUUUGCACUGUUCAUGCAGCAACUCUCGGCAGCAGACGACCAGCUCAAAGUCAAAGUCGUUCAGAUCGUCUUUGACCUGUUGAUGGUUCAGGAUAUCCCGACGCUAGUGGGAAGCACUAUGCCUGUGAGUUGGAGACUUGAUGUCAGAUUAACGCUUUGGCAGGUGGACAAAAUCCCAGACUUAGUGCGGCAUACGCUCAGUCAAGAUUCUCCCGAAGUCCAAGCGGUGGCCUGUGAGGGUAUUGCCAAGUUGAUGCUGGCGGGAAUGAUCUCGGACACAAUGACCCUGCAAACUCUCGUCCUGCUCUAUUUCUCCCCUGAGACCGCGGACAACCAAACAUUGAGGCAGUGUUUGACAUAUUUCCUUCCUGUCUACUGUUUUUCGUUCCCGGAGAACCAAAAGAGGAUGCUUUCGAUCUUCUCCGACACAUUUGGCCUUCUCGCCCAAGUCGCUGAAGACGUUGAAUCAGGUCAAGAGAUGUUGCCACUUUCUCAAAUUGGGCUGAUGAUGGUCGACUGGCUUGACCCAACGAAGGCUGUCGAACGCGAGGGCCAACAGGCGGACAUGACGAUUCAUCUCGACUUGGCCGUGGAGAUGCUCAAGUAUAUCAUGGAGGAGGACUCCAAGGAGCUAAGAAAAGCACUCAUCUCUUUCCUCGGUAAACUUGUCCUGCCAGAGAGUGAAGAAGUCGAAGCUUGGAGAGUACGAUGUGUUGCUCUGCUCAUUGCGAGUAUUCGCACGAAAUGCCCGAUAUCCGAUGCCGCCUCCCGAAACAGUCUCAACAGAUUUGACGCUAGCCUGCUCAAGAAAUACAAGAAUGAGCUGGACGACUUCGAUAUGGAGGCGUUCAGGAGUGAGGAGAAUGACACUGUCAAGGAGAUCUACGGCUUCAUCGAUGACGUGGAGGAACGAGAAGGUGAUGGCGCGAGCGAAGUUGGUUCUGGACGACGACGCCGGCGAGCCAGGACUAGCGAUGCGACUAGCGAGAUCACCGAAGGCAUGACGACUCGUAUGACUGGCCUGACUGGCGAUUCUGGCGAGGCCGGCUCCGACGAUGAGAUCGAAGAGGGGCAAAGUGGCUCCACGUCACGGAAAACAAAGAAAAGAAGCCGACCUCGGAGCAGAAGUCGAAGUGCCAUGCCUAGUGUGGCGGAACAUGACGAGUUGGAAGGCGAUACAGCUGGUGUAUCGUAUGGGGAUGAGGAUGGCGAAGGGGAGGAAGAUGAUGAAGAGGAAGAAGAUGCGGAUGAGGAUGUCGAGUCUAUUCUGGAUCAGGAUGAGAUCUAGCAAAGUACACGGUUCGAUGGUUAAUGGUGCUCAAUGUAUUAUAUCCGGUUCGGUAUUCUCGCU